GCUCAUUAAACUCGCGUGACUGCUUCCAAUUUUUAUGGUCUAUUUGUCGCUACGGCAACAAACGUCCGGAUCCUCGUCUCCUCCGUCGAUUUGAACUGGUUGCUCGGCAACCAAACAAUCGCUUUCCCGUUCUUCUGGGGUGCCCAACAAUCGGCACCUUGUCGAACACGAGGAAAAUCUCGACAGGUGCAUUCCCCGUGUAAAACGGCGUCGAGACAAAAAUGUCGAGCACAACGUACGACGAGCUGUGGAUGAAGGCACAGACGUUGCUCGCGGAGACGAUUCAGACAGACACGGUACUGCAAGGUGCGAAGCCCCAACGAGAUCGUAAGAAAGCGCACGACCUCGUCGCGGCGUUGUACGUAAGAUACAUAUUGGCGUGCAACAAACUCGAGCAGUGCUACGACCAGCUGGUGCAGCCGCAGAAGCGACUACUGCUCAAGAAGUCGUUGAACGCGAGUCUCGGCAGGGUGCUAGAGUUGAAGCACGAGCUGGUGAACAUCGACCUCGCCGAGCACAAUUAUUACGAUGACGUGCUGAUCGAGCGCGGUGUCACGCCGCAGGAGGCCGAGAUCCGCGUACCCAGGUACUUUAGACAUGAGCGAAUCGCGGAGAUCGAGGAGAGACGUAGGUUCAUGGAGGACACGCUGAGAAAUCUUGGCGCACUUCGGGACACCGUCAUGCCAGAGAAGAUCACCCAGUCGCAGGCUAUACGACUUAUCCAGGCUCACGAGCGAGCGAGGCAGGGUAGACUUCGAUAUCAAUUUAUGAAGGAAAUUCGCGAGAUGAAGGAGAGAUCGACCAUUAAGCCGGAAGCCGAGGGGGAGGACGAGGCGAGCGGAAAGCUCGCGGCGCUGAAGAUCCAGAAAGUAUGGAGGGGAUACAUCACCAGACGUUGGGUUCGCAAGAGACGUCUCGAGGAGAUGUUGCUCAUAGGUAUGCUGCAGCCCAGCCAAGUGAUCACGGAAAAUGCCAGGCAAGUGGAGAGACUGAAGCAGCAGAGGCGCGAAAAGCAGUUGGACUUUCAGCGGCAAUACGAAGCUCUGCUGCUCGAGGCUAAGGAGAGAAUUCGUAGUGAGAAGAGCGCCGUGAUGGAGGAGAACAUCAGGAGCGAAAUUCGAAAUUGGAUCGACACUUACUUCCAACAGACCGGAAAGAUUCCCGAUCUACCGUCCGCUGAGAGCGGCGGUUCGCGAAUGAUUUUCAGUAGGCAGGGAACCGAGAGUACCGUAAGUAAGUCUACGGCGGUGUCGUCGAAGGACUCGAAGAAAUCGAAACGCUCGAAGUCGAAGAAGGACAGCGAGACAGAGCAGUCGGAGGACGAGACUGACGUAGGAUUCAAGUCUGUACCAUCCAACUUCCUGUCGGAAUUGGUGCAUGCGAAUCAAGAAUAUCAGGAAGUCUGGAGAGACAAGGACGAGUCCGGGAACCGCAUGCAACUACCUUAUCUCGAUAUGAUAGAAGCGGAUAAGACCAGGGAAGUCGAGGACGAAGUCAGAGUGGGUGUGGAUCAGACGAUAAGAGGUGAUAUAGAAGCACUUCAGGCAGCGCUGGAUAGGGACAAAGGCUUCAAGGGGAAACGUGCGAAGAAGCUUCAGAAGCGAGUGCGCAGAAGCGGUAAGAAAAACAAAAGGAAAAAGGAGAAGGAUUUAACGCCCGACAGAACAACCGAAUCUCUCUUCGAGGAGCUGCUUACUCAGGGUAUCAUUAAGCUCAACCAGGAAGUCUUGCUCGAUGAGUUCAAGGGUGAAAAAUCGUUCGCGAAUUACGACCUCCGCGAGAAAGAAAAGGAUCCUUUGCCUACGCUCGGAGAUGUGAGACAACUCAUUGCCGAAUACUGCAUACUUCCGUUGGGCGAUCAUACGCUGAGAGAACUGACGCCUCUCGUGAGGUCGAUUUUGAUAGCCGGUCCGCACGGCAGCGGUAAGAAAUUGCUGGUGAACGCAAUUUGCACGGAGCUCGGCGCCACGCUCUUCGACAUCACGCCGGCGAAUAUCGCCGGCAAGUAUCCUGGCAAAUCAGGACUAAUUAUGCUCGUUCACUUGAUCUCGAAGGUGUCGCGACUACUGCAGCCAUCGGUGAUCUUCAUGGACGACGCGGAGAAGCCGUUCGUGAAGAAAAUCCCGAAAACCGAUAAGACCGAUCCGAAACGCUUGAAGAAGGAUUUACCGAAGUUGGUAAAGAGCAUCACGGGCGAAGACAAAAUUUUGCUCGUGGGGACAUCCAACAAACCCUGGGACAGCGAUCAGAAACUCCUGUAUCAGACAUACGACAAAGUAGUGUACAUCCCUAGGCCGGACUACGGUACUGUGUCUCUCAUAUGGAAAGAUUUGUUGUACAAAUAUUCUGGCAUUAAUCGGCAAUUCGAUACACCGGCCAUGGCGAAAGCCUGUGACGGUUUUACAAUUGGCACUAUCUUAGAAGCAAUCAGUGAGGUGAUGACCACGAAGCGUAUGGUACAACUUCGAACUCAUCCCCUGACACAUGUCGAACUGGUGAACGCGUUGAGUUUCAAAGAUCCGGUGUAUCGCGAGGAGGAGGACGCAUUUCUAGGCUGGUUCUCCAAGACACCGACCUGCCGACGCAAGCAGAGGACUCUCGAACUGGAACUCGAGAAAUUAAACGAGGCAAACGAGUCGCAGAAGAAGAAGAAAGGAGCGAAGUAACUGAUGAAUUUGUUGCUGCAUGAUAAAAAUAAAAACAAAUCCGCCGUGCUUUACAUUCCAAGGUUAAAAAAGUUACUUUUGAAAAAUAAUUCGUUAUCGUCUCUUAUCGUUGCAUAUUCUUGAGACUAUGUCUUGAUAACCCUUCUUUUUACCAUUCACUGAUGCUCAUUCCGUAUAUAUGUAUGUAACGGAAAAAAUAGAGUCAAGAUCGUGCUAUUAAUGAGAGAAAGUGAUAGCUAACGGUGUUACAAGUAACACGUUAUUUUUCAUCCGCUACAUACACUGAAUUUCAAAACGAUUUAAACAUUUUUCUUAGAUGCAGUUUAGAACGCAGCAAAUGUCCAAUGAGGGAAUUUAGAGAACUUGUUUUCAGGGAGUUUUCAGAAACAAGUUUUCUUAUUAACCCAUUGACUGCUUCCGCGUUCCGACGUGCAUUUAGAAAAAGAAAAAACAAUUGUAAAAAAAACAUUUGGGGAUUUAUUAUUAUUAUUUAUUACGUUUCAUGUGGAAUCGGUGAGAUCUUCAUUGAGUGGCUCCUGCUCGAUUUCUUCUUUUUUUCUCUUCUCUUCUCUUUUCUUCUCUUUUCUCUCUCUCUCUCUCUCUCUCUCUCUCUCAUUCUGUUCACGACGAUAUAUUUCGCUUACAUUAAGCACAAGAUUGGUAAAAUUAGUACGAUUUCGUUUUCGUAAUAGUUUUCACGUAGUAUAUCGCGUGAUGGCAUGUAUGAGACCGCAGGUCGAAUAAUCAAUUGAUUAUUUCAGUGGCGUGUAUCAUCGCGCGCGCCAGACUGUUCUCGGCUUGCUCCUCGAGCCGAUAUCAAUGUCAGUUUUGAUUAGCACAACUGCAAUUUGUAUCGUCGUCACUCACAAAGCCGCAUCUACGGAGCUAAAAACAGGAUGCUUUGCACAGAUACUACAAAAGUCUUCACCGUCACCUAACCGUUCGACCGUGAUCCGUGUCUCCUGCAUUUUAUUCCGACAAAUUAUGUUUAAUUAUAUAUUCAUAGAUGUCUGAAAUUACGGAAAAAGUUCUCGAAUAGCAGAACGUAUAAUACUAUCCUUACUUUUUCUCGAUGGAAAUCAAUACAACCUUCAUUUCAUCAUUGUUUAAACAUACAUAAUACAAUGUUUUGCGAAAAUUCAGGAAUUUGAAAUUCAUCAUUGCGCACUGACAUUCAGUGAUCUUAAUCACGAAGCUUUGCAUGCUAAUCGCGAUGUACACGAUAAGUUCCGAUGUUUUGUAUAUAACCGUAUAUACCGUAGUAAUUUUACAUAAACAAUAUACCGUCUGUAUAUAUUUUCGUAAUAAGCUUAUUGAAGUGCAAUAGGAAUGAACUUAUCAUCAUCGCAAGAAAUCCGACUUUAAGAAAUUUUUGUAAGAGAUACUGGAUACCCGGUAUAGUCAAAUGUAUUGACAGUCAAUAUGAUGCAAGUAUAUAACUUAUCACUUUCUACCCGUAUGUAAUACGAAUCUCGUGAUGAUAAGCGGAAGAUUUACAUUUCUUAAAUAUGCCAAGUGCUAUCGUGCCUUAUCUAUAUUUUUCUCUAUUUCUGCAACGGCUUGUUACAUA